GUAGUUGCUUUUUAUUUAGCCAGUCUACAAUUAAAAUGGAAUUGCUAAGGUUCUCAACGGUUUUUGCUGUGAUCGUGAUGUUGCAUUUCUCAAGUCCAAUGCAGGCUGCGCCUGUGUCGGAUGUGGAGUCAGCACUCGCUUCCCUCAUGGACUCUGAAUUGGUUAAGACCAUGCAAUGGAAUUCCAGAAAGUUACUCGAAAUUCAAGAACUUCUCAGCGAGAAGCGUAUUCUAUAUUUGGAAAUAAUACGCGAACAGAAAUUUCAGAGAACAUUGGUAAUUGGGGCGUUUGUGAUUGAUUUCCUGCUGCUCGUUUGCAUGUCAUUGCAUUAUUUACUGGUGCCAGCGAAAGUCAAUAAUAAGAUAGAUAUUUAAACGAACAAAACCCCAUAUUAUUCUUUUCAAAUUAGCUGUAAAUAAGUUGUUCAACUCACAUGGUUGAGCUCAGUCUGUAUAUUACGUAUACGCCACAUUAGUUGGCGGUGUUUUGGCAGCUUUGUUGCUGCAUUUGUUACACACACACACUCGUGCAUUAAUUAUAAGCCACUUUACGCCUCGCGUGGCCCAAACAACGAACAACACGAGCAACGAGAGCUGAGCACAACGACCAGCAUCGAAAUCGAUUAUUAAAUAUUGGCAGCUGGUCAUUGCGCCAAAAGCUCGACGUGCCAAUUGUUGGGCCGCCAUCGACUGUGU